AUGGCUGACGUGAUCAUGGAGAUGGUGAUACAUCAGCUUGAGAACAGCGCAAGCAAAUUGGUGAGUGUGAACGCGUGAGCAGACUGUUUUGUGCCACAUCAUGGCUAUGUUCAUACGGUAUCGGACGAAUUUCGACCGGCUGAAAAAUUUGACAAGACACUUUGUUCACACGAAACCGUUCAAUAUUUUCGAUCUGUUCAGACGGAAAUUUGGGCGGCUAGGCGUCUAAAUUUUCAUACGAUUAAGGUAGGUCCGUGUGAACGCAGGAAAAUUCGUCCAAUGCCGUGUGAACGUAACUUAAGAGAAGAUACUAGUAACUGCAUUAUCAUCACCAAACUUCGUUUUUUAAAACUUCGUCUCUGUUCCUUCAGCUUCGCUGAUGAGGAUGUGUCUUGCAGUGAAACUGUAAACGGCAUACAACAGGUCUAAUAAAUAAGUGUGGGAAAGUCGCCAUCAGGUGGAUGUUUUGGCUGUGCGCCAUGUUGAUAGGAAAAGUUUAUUAUUACACAUCCUGUCAAAGGAAAUAUAUCCCGGCUAUCUACUUCUUUAAGUUUUCUUUUAAUAUGGCCAACAACGCGGCUCAAUGCACGAAGGAACUUAACGUUAUCUGCAUCAGACAAAUUUCUCUUCCAAAACAUCAUAUCAAACGUCGUCAACAACAAAAGUGAACUUUAAAAAAAGUUGUUAGGCUAGCAAGUUGUCAAAAACCGCAAUUGCAAUCCGUUUUCAUCUUCUUCAAUUUUGUCCACAAGUUGCGUUCGUUUUUAUUUGCUAUGUUAUUUAUGCCUUCGUGGAGCCAUUUUGAACGUUUAUUUGUAUUAUAACUCAAUUUGAUGGAAGCGCUUACUGAAUUUCUGAUAAAUUCUGUGACACGGCUCCUGUAAGCGACAAUUGUUUUGCUUAAUCACUUAUUCUAUAACCUUGUGUUCAUUGCUUUUACGAAUUGUCACCUUUCAGCAAUCUGUAUAUCAGACUCUACAAGAGGGAUUUCCUCUUUUAAUGCAGUGAAAUUUGGUCGUUAAAUGACAUUUCUUUGCGGUUAUCCAACUAGUUUCUUGUCACGUGAAUGACGAUAUCACUUGUUGAAUCUUGAAGCACCAAUAUCCGCAAACAGAUUUCCAAGACUGAUCUCCAUACAUUUUCUUGAAGAAUUAGUGGAGAGAAUUUGAUUAAAGAUCAGAGCAUUUUCCCUUUGCUGAUCACUCUAUUAAUUCUCAUAACUUUUUCCUUUGAGGAUGAAUAAAUAUUGUUAGGAGAAAAUACUAUUGGAAAUCCAGAGGAACUGAUUUUAUUGUCAGCUGCAGAAGGUGAUCUGCCUGUCAAUUAUUAUCAUUGCCAAAUGAAAAAAAAGGGAGAAAAAAGUUGAGCCCGCGAGACUAUUGACAUUCACUGUGAAAAGACUAUUCAUACAGACCCCGUUUUCCUAGCAGUUCGAACCUCCAUGAUACAUCGCAGCGACAGUCAGAUAACAUGGAACAUGUUGCGUGCAGGAAAAAAAUACAUUCAGGUUUGCAUUAAGCCGAAAGAAGUGCCCCUGUAAGAUUUUAGAGGUAGCGUGGUACUAAUAAUAACGAAACGUUUGUGAAAGCGAUCGCUCUGAACAGGAAAUAAAUCGAUGUCAACAUUGCACGUUAGUAAGAAAUCAACCAAAAUGCACAGAAAUUGAAAUUUUACAAAAACUCGAACGGGAUUCUUAGUGUAAUUAGUGUAAUAUUAAGACAGAAACUAAUUUUUUAUAAAUCAAUGGGUAUAAUAACAGUACCAGAUCUAAGCAUAAAGGUAGAUCUUUUGCCUCUCGAAGAUGGGGUCAUUGGACAACUCUAAAACUUUGCUGCAGAUGUCUGGAACUCUUUGGCCAUUUACUUAAGACAAAUGCCUUUUCUCGCAUUUAAGUGUGGCUUGUCUGAAGGCAUAUUUUAAUUCAUUUAUCAAGAAUUCUCGUAUGUUAGUACAUUUCAGUAGCUUGUAAUUAUUCUAAUCUUCAUUACGCUUUUCGUUAUUUUCCUAUUCUUUGCUAGGCACUCAAGUGUUUCCUUUAUAAUAAUAUUAGUUUCUUGUUAAUUUUUACUUAUUUUAUUUUGUAAUUUUUAAUUGAGAACCCCGCUGUAAAACACUUAGCUUGAUGUCAGUCGACAUCCUCACUUAAGGUUUUCUUAAACAAGGAAAGGGAAAAUGAAUAACCUAUUUCGUCUGAAUGCUAAGGGAAGUUACGUACCAUCGGUUUGAAUAUCUUAAAUGUGAAGACUUGUUUUAUCAUAUCUUUGCUUUUUAUUCGAGAAUGUUGUGGUGAAUGAGCAAGGAGACUUUUCUCGUAAGGGAUUUUGUCAAAAGUUAUGUGCGAUGAAAUCUCUGCUGCACUAUUGACUUAUGUUGAUCUAUUAUAUCGUGACAGGAACUACUUCUAAGAGACUAUCGAAACAAGGUAGAGGAAGAGGAGAAAGACGUCGAGAAGGCCGCGGACGAGGAUGAUGUUGCAGCGGUAAGAAGCACUUUGAUCAUGCGCACCUGACGAAUUUUAACACUAAGAUUUCAGAUUUUUUUGUUUCUAUUUUUAAUAAUUUAUUUUUUCGCUAUUAAAAGAUGUAAAUACAUACAUUACAGUAUAUUACAAGAACAGAAAAAAAGAGGAACUCCAAUUGACAUAAAUGGCGAAAGGUAAAAUGUGAGCGGUAACCAACGUAGGUUAAGUUUUCGAGUUGUUUACUGUCACGUGCAAUUAAGUGGCAUAGACAUUUACAUAGAGUUACAGGAAAGGACGGAAGAAAAAAGAUUGCAAAGUCUUACAUUCUUAUGUAAAAACAAUAGAAAAUGAAAGGUAAUAAAUUGAAAUAAUUAUUAGUAGUAGGCACUGCCAGAGAAAUCAAAGUACCUUUUGGGUAUUUAGAAGGUAAAGUCUGUACUGCUUGUAAAAGUCGUUAUAAGAUAAUAUUUUUUUAUUCCGAGUGAAUAGUUCCUAGAUUUUACAUGCAACAAAAGAAACAGUGACAGCUCCAAAGUUAUUACUUAUCCACUCAAGUGGCAAUAUUCCAUUUAGUUAGCGCUAACCAAUAUUGAAAUGGAAAAUACAGGAGCAGUUACCAAAUUCUAUGACUAGAAAGUGUCUUUUUCAAUAUUUAGUAUUAUUCUACUUACUGAUUCGUUUAGUGCCCAGCUCUUAUUCUAAAAGACGAAACUUAGCAGAUGUGACCCGUCUGUCGCGUGUGAAAACGACCUUCCUCAUGACUUCCCGAAAGUCAUGAGUAAUAACCGGACGUUUUGCGUUUAGCUUGAGGAAACGAUUCUUUAUGUUAUGAAGUGCUUAAAAGCUUUUCUUUUAUCAGCUGUAGCAUAAUGUUAUGACGUAAGGGCACUUAAGAAGGGAAAAGAUCAACUUCAGGUUUUAAUUCGUCAAGUCGAUGAUGACUUAAAGACCCAGGACGUGACGGUUUCACGACGGAGAGCACGUAUCUUAGAUAGUACAUUCCCUUAUGUCAUACUAGAUGGCUAAGACUAGGAGGCGAAUCUACAAUUGCUUUGAAACUAGAGAAACUGAUAUCUAACACACCUCUGUGUCCGUUCAAUUUUAUUCCUACUGUUUGUUUUUCCAGGUUGCUCGUAAAGCUCGUAACCGCCUCAGUUCUUCACAGCUAGUGGUACCUGUAACAGAUGGAACGGACGGUGGAGGUAGGAGCCACAGGAGACGACCCACGGUCAGCAGACGCCCGCACCACGGCAGGUUAGAGGAAGAAAAAGAAGAGGAAAAGGACAAAGAAGAAGUCAAGGUUGAUAAAGUAGACGGCUUGGAAAAGUCGCCACCUCAGAUAGUUGUAAAAGCAGGUUAGAUUUUAUCUUGUCGAACACAAUAACGUUGAGUUCUGAUAAUGAUGUGAUGGCUAAUUUUGAGCCUGGUAAAUACACGAGAAAGAUGAUUUCUCACACACUGAAUUCCAUUUGUCUGCCACUCCACAAUGCAACAGCGCUUUAAUCACAACCAUCACAAAAAUUUUACAACAAACAAGGAAAAAUAGAAAAACCUUCCUGAACUUUAUGCACGCCGGGGCGGGGGUGGGGAGAGGUUAGAAAACUGUUGCACUGUUUGGCAAGAAACAAAACUGAAUCACGUCAUUAUCGUGAAAACUGAUACCUUAAAUUGUAGCUCGUGCCCAGGUUCCAUUCAGUGUGAGAGAGCUUCAUUUCUUGCCUCUUUCGCAAGCUCAGUGACACAGGCGGCUCGGAAGAAGAUAUCCGAGUACUUCCAAAUGUUCCUAUAGGAGUCAAAUCUAUCACCUUCUGGUUACUAGUCCAGAUGCUCUACCACAAAGCUACCAGAGUCUCAAGGGAGCUAAGGUCACUAAAGCAAGCCCUAGGAUUUCACGAUAACAAAACUUUCCGGUACCUUGUGGUUACCGUGGUCUUAAAAUGACGGAACCAAAAAAUAAGUUUUCCAGUGCCAUAUUUAGCCUUAGGGAUCCAAUUACAGAAAUUCUUUACUUUUUCACACAGAUUCUUAUAACUAGUAGGUCAAUUCAAUAGUUAUGACUCAUUUACGAAACUGAAAUGUUUAGCAUCUAUCAAUUUCAUCUUGAAUCAUUCUGAAAAAAGCAUUAUACAUUGCUAGUUUAUAGCUUCCAGCGCCAAGAAAAAAAUAAACAUUUAGAGGAUGGGUUCCCAUGUAUUUUCACGGAACCAAAAAAUUGUUACUGAUGGUUUCCCAUGAUCUCUGGACACGGAACCGAAAAAUUGUUUUCCAUGGGAACUGAAAUCCUAAGGCUUGCUAAACUAGGUUCAUGUGACAAACAUAUGUAAAGUUCUGUGCCUCAUUCGAAAGCAACCGACAAAUCUCCCCCAACUCCGCAGUAAUAUCUUUAGGACCGAUUGGGUAAAGAGGUUCAACCUAAGAUAUAAAUAACACCUUUUCCCAGAAUGUAAUGGAAAGCACCAGUUUAAUCCAGUACUUGCCAAACUUCCCUCCCAAACCCCGCCAAGCUACCCCCCCCCCCCCCCCCCCCCCCCCCCCCCCC